AUGUCGUUAAUGUAUGGGAAGGAGAAGGAUGCAGAUCAUGAGAUUGACAAUACUUCACAUCCUGGGUUCAUCAAGUUCUUUGCGGGGCUGCCUCCCAAAUCUCCUGAGACGGGCACAGUGCGCCUCUUCUUUCGAAACGAAUAUUACUCGGCGCAUGGGCCUGAUGCACUUUACGUCGCUUCUCAUGUUUUCCGCACGAACUCUGUUGUCAAGUAUCUCGGGGCAGGGGGCAAGUCUGGCCUUCCCAGUGUGACUAUGACGGAGAGUUUGGCGAAACAAUUUCUUAGAGAAGCCUUGACGGCUAAACAGCUCAAGGUCGAAAUAUGGGGCCCCGAGGCUGGACAAGGAAAGAAGGCGACCAAGUUCAAGUUGGAUAAGGAGGCUUCACCAGGUAACUUGCAGGCUGUGGAAGACCUCUUAUUCGUCAAUACGGAUAUCCUGUCCGCACCCAUUGUUAUGGCUAUUAAGACUGCGUCUACGUCUGCCGUGGGCGGCGGCUCAUCCAAGGCAAAAACAACAUCCAUUGGCAUUGCCUUCGCGGACACAAGCACUCGUGAAAUUGGGGUUGCCGAUUUCGCUGACAACGACUUGUUCUCGAACAUUGAGGCACUAAUUCAGUUGUCUGUGAAAGAGGCGCUCAUACCCACCGGGACCUCGAGUGGGACGACUGAACGGGAUUUUGAGCUGAAGAAACUUAAAGAGGUUCUUGACCGCUGUGGCGUGGUCAUCACAGAGCGCAAACCAAGCGAGUUCACUGCGAAGAAUAUAAAAGAUGACAUGGUUAGGCUCUUGAACCCAAGUUCCAUACCAUCGUCAUCGAAUGUCGAUACCUCCCAAGUUAUCCCCGAGCUUUCGCUCCCUGUUGCUCCGUCUGCGUUAUCGGCGCUCGUCUCCUACCUCUCCCUUCUGACGGAUCCAAGUAAUCACGGCGCAUUUACACUCCGCGCGCAUGAUCUAUCACAGUUUAUGAAACUGGAUGCUAGCGCGCUCAGGGCCUUGAAUCUCAUCGAGGCUCCUGGAACUAUAGGUUCGAACAAAAACACUACUUUGUUCGGGCUAUUGAACAAGUGCAAGACUGCGCAGGGCUCUAGACUUUUGGGUAGCUGGCUCAAGCAGCCCUUGGUCAAUCUGCAUGAAAUUCACAAGCGACAGAACUUGGUCGAAAUUCUUGUAGAAGAUGCAAACGCCAGGAGGAUUCUCCAAGAUGAUUACCUGAAGAUGAUGCCUGACAUGCAUCGAAUUUGCAAGCGAUUUCAAAAGUCCGUGGCAUCCCUUGAGGACGUUGUACGCAUAUACCAAGCUGUUCUGAAGUUGGAAGGUCUUAUCGCUACCGUUGAGGGAAUUGAGACGGUGCACGAGGGGUACAAGGAGUUGAUUGAGGAAACAUACCUCACGAAGUUGCAAGAAUCUAACAGUAGUCUGUCCAAGUACGCUGAGAUGGUGGAGCAGACCCUUGAUCUUGAUGAACUGGAACGUCACAACUUUGUUAUCAAACCAGACUACGACGCCCGGUUGCAGACGUUGGCCGAUAAACUCAAGGACCUGCGAGAUGGCCUCGACCAGGAACAUCGAGAUGUGGCUAAUGACUUGGACAUCGAAAUUGACAAGAAGUUGCACCUGGAGAAUUCUCCUACUUACGGCUACUGCUUCCGGGUUACGAAGAACGAUUCAAAAGUCAUCGCGAAGCAGAAGAAGAAAUACACCGAGUUAUGCACCCUCAAAAAUGGUGUAUUUUUUACUACACGCACGUUGAAAGAGCUUGCCACAGACUAUCAAGAAACCACGGAAAUGUAUGCCAAAACCCAGAGUGGAUUGGUCAAGGAAGUCGUCAACAUUGCUUCUACUUACACGCCCGUACUUGAGUCCUGGAACACCGUCCUCGCACAUUUGGAUGUGAUUGUCAGUUUCUCUCAUGUGGCAGUAAAUGCGCCGGAGAGUUAUGUGAAACCUCAAGUCUUGGAGCAAGGUUCGGGCAGUUUGAUUCUUAAGGACGCACGCCAUCCGUGCCUAGAAGUUCAAGACGACAUGAGCUUCAUACCAAAUGACAUCCAGAUGAUCAAGGACGAAAGCGAGUUUCAGAUUAUCACUGGUCCAAACAUGGGAGGCAAGAGCACAUACAUUCGCCAGACAGGCGUUAUCGCUCUCAUGGCGCAGACUGGGAGCUUCGUUCCCUGCUCAGAAGCGAGCUUGCCGGUGUUUGAUUCAAUUCUGUGUCGUGUUGGUGCCGGGGACAGCCAGUUGAAGGGAAUCUCCACAUUCAUGGCAGAGAUGCUGGAGACCGCCACCAUUCUUCGGUCGGCGUCAAAAGAUUCGCUCAUAAUCAUUGACGAGCUGGGGCGAGGAACUUCGACCUAUGAUGGGUUCGGACUAGCGUGGGCUAUCUCAGAGCAUAUAGCCUCCAAAAUCCGCGCCUUUUGUCUCUUUGCCACUCAUUUUCAUGAGCUUACUGCUUUAGAUCAAGAGAUAACCCAUGUAAAGAACCUUCACGUAGUUGCACACGUGUCAAAGUCCGAUGAGAAUACUCGCGACCGCGACAUCACUCUCUUAUACAAAGUGGAGCCUGGUGUUUGCGAUCAAAGCUUCGGAAUCCACGUCGCUGAGCUGGCAAACUUCCCUGAGAACGUUGUAAAGCUGGCCAAGCGCAAAGCAGACGAGCUCGAGGACUUUAACACUGCGGAGGAACGCCAAGGAGACCUAGAGUUACCAGCGAAUGUGAUCGAAGAAGGGACAAAGAUCAUCGAGGACCUGUUGCGAACUUGGGCAUCGCAUGUGUCAGAACACGAUGGCGAAGAUGUUGUUAUGAGUGAUGCGGAAGACGCUUCUCACGUCGCUCAGCUAGAAGAACUGAAAAAAUGCGUAGAACAGUUCCGGCCUCAGAUUGAGAGCAACCCUUGGGUUCAAAAUGUUCUUGCGUCCCUGUGA